AUAGCAUAUAUAUUAUAUAAAUAUUUUUUUCUUUCAAGUUCUGUACUACAUUGGGUGCUUUGAUUAUGCCUAUGGCUUUCGACACUGUACACGAUUUAACACGAUCAGUAGAAGCGGCAAUUAUCGCAGCAGGUUAUUUAAUAUUUGAUGUUGGCCUGCUCACUCUAAAUCAGUAUAUAUUAUUGGAUCCCAUUUUACUAUUCUUCAUGACUGCAUCUGUUUGGGGAAUGGUUAAAGUAUCGAAGACAACGCAUAAUGGACUCUCAUAUACAUUGCAGUGGUGGUUGUGGCUCUUUUUUACAGGCACUAUGCUGUCUUGUACAAUAAGUGUUAAAUUUGUAGGACUUUUUGUUGUUUUACUUGUAGGACUACACACGGCUAAUGAACUAUGGAUCAUUCUGGGUGAUUUACAAAAACCCAUUUUUGAAACUGUGAAGCAAUUGGUGUGUCGCGCUGUGGCACUAAUUGUGUGGCCAUUACUGCUCUAUAUGACAUUCUUUUACAUACAUUUACAAGUAUUAAAUCGCAGUGGCAACGGAGACGGUUUUUAUAGUUCGGCUUUUCAAUCACACCUCAUUGGAAAUUCGCUAUAUAAUGCCAGUAUGCCCCGUGAAGUUGCGUAUGGAUCGAUAGUGACAAUAAAAAAUCAUAAAACUGGCGGAGGUUACUUGCAUUCACAUUUUCAUUUAUAUCCAAAAGGGUUUGGAGCUAAACAGCAACAGGUAAGAUCUGCAAUAUUAUUAUCGGUUCAAUAUAGGUAUGUUAUGUUCAUGUUGCAUUUACCUUUAGUUGUCUGGCGUUUUAAAUCAGUUUAUGAAGCUACGAUAUAAUUUCACAAAAUAGAA